UUUAGUUGCGUUGUUGUCACGGCUCGUAGCAGUUCACUAGCGAUUCACUCGAAUAGUUGUCCAUUGCAGCGGCUGCUUAGCGUUGCUUGUUUCCUACUCUUGCUGCAGUGCCAUUGAACUGUUUGUCGUAACUUGAAAGUUCAUAUGUAAAUGUGUGSAUUCAAAAAAAUAUUAAUUCAAAUAGAUAAGUUGAAUUAAAAGUGGACCCGCGACUACAUUGACAUUUAAAAAAUCAGCAUAAAUUGGCAUUAAUUGAGGCGCGCAAAAGACAACGCUCCGAAAUUAAGUGCGUUUCUACAAAAGUGAAUUUCAAAAGGAUUUUCAUACCGAGUCGGGUAUAAAGCGCAAUAGUGAAGCAAAAUGUUGUCGAAAAACGCAUUUGUCCAAACGACGCGCUUGAUGUGCCGAGGCCUUCAACAACGUACCGCCACAACAUUGCAUUCGAAGGCUUCACCAGCAGUAAUGCCGGAAAUACAAAGUGAAAUACCCGAAUGUGACUAUCAACCACUACAAUAUACGGGRCCAAGUUACGAGAAAAUACUGGAGAUACGACAGAAGCAUAUUACACCAAACAUUGUGCCGCAUUUCAAGAAGCCRCUUCUGAUACACAACGGACAUAUGCAGUGGCUGUUCGAUCACGAGGGCCGUCGUUAUUUGGAUAUGUUCGGCGGUAUUGUGACAGUAUCAGURGGUCACUGUCAUCCCAAAGUGAAUYGCGCGCUAGAGCAGCAGAUCAACASACUCUGGCAYACAACAAACAUUUACUUGCAUCCYAAAAUACACGAAUAUGCCGAACGUUUGGCGAMCAAGCUCCCUGGCGAACUUAAAGCGGUGUGCUUUGUCAACUCCGGCUCGGAGGCUAACGAUCUGGCCAUGCUGAUGGCGCGCAUGCACACAGGCAAUCAGGAUAUUAUCACUUUCCGCAAUGCCUAUCACGGCAUGUCGCCGUACACCAUGGGUCUGACMGCGCUCUCGACAUGGCGUUUUCCGUUACCCGGCGUCAAUAGCGGUAUUCACCAUGUUAUGAACCCAGAUCCGUAUUUGGGCCUUUGGGGCGGCGCAAAUUGUCGSGAUUCACCCAUACAAACGGAUCGAAAAUGCGACUGCAUGCCGGAGAGCGGYUGUUUGGCUGGCGCGCGUUACUAUGAACAAUUAGAAGAAGUUUUCAAGUACUCACUGCCGCGUGGACGCGUUGCCGCUAUGUUCGCCGAAUCUAUACAAGGCGUAGGCGGCACGGUGCAAUAUCCGAAAGGUUAUAUUAAGAAGGCGGCUGAGUURGUGCGYGCCAAUGGCGGUGUGUUCAUCGCCGAUGAGGUACAAACCGGUUUCGGACGCACCGGCGAUCACUUCUGGGGAUUUGAGAGCCACGACUUCAUACCGGACAUUGUUACAAUGGCGAAGGGCAUCGGCAAUGGCUUUCCACUAGCCGCUGUGGUGACUACACCCAMAAUUGCCGCAUCGCUUGGACAAGCACUGCAUUUCAAUACGUACGGYGGCAAUCCAAUGGCUAGCGCUGUUGGACUCGCUGUGCUGGAUGUUAUCGAGGAAGAGAAACUACAGAAAAACUCCUUGGCAGUGGGUUCGUACUUCCUCAAGUGCWUGGCCGAGUUGCGUGAACGUUUCGAGAUUAUCGGCGAUGUGCGCGGCAAGGGUUUGAUGAUAGGCGUUGAGUUGGUAUCCGAUCGCGCUACGAGGGCGCCACUCAGCGCGCCGCAUGUAUUGGAAAUUUGGGAGACUUGCAARGAUAUGGGUGUGCUCUUCGGACGUGGCGGUCUAAAUGGCAAUGUACUCAGCAUUUGUCCGCCACUCUGCGUCACCUAUAGCGACGUGGACUUGGCAUUGCAUGUCAUCGAGACAGUAUGCAAACAACAUCUGGAGAAAAGAAUACGCAAUUGGCGUAGAAAUGUCUGAAGAGCAAAUAGCUCAGGCUCAGCAUGAAAUAUAAUUCAACAGAUGGUCAGUACGGCACUGCCGUAGACACASAAGAGAAAUGCACAAAUAUGCGUAGCAGGAGUGGUGAUACUCCACAAAAUGUUUUGUAAGAGGAUUUUACAACAAAAAYUUGUAAAAUUAUGUGAGGAGUGUCUUUUCAAAAGGGGAUAACUUAUUUCUAUCUUAACUUAUUUGUCACGGAAUAAGUAAACAUUAUUUUUUGAAAUAUUUUUAUUAGUAAAAAUAUUCCGUUUAGAAAUGAACACUCACAUUUAGAACUUUUUCACUUGAAAGCUGUCGUGUUUAGAUCAUAAUCUGUUAAUAUAUAUUAACACUWAGAACUGGAUUYGAGCCYAAUUARAAGAAAAAUUAA